CAUUCAUUUAGUUCAUUCUUCAAACUUUUUCAUUCAUUCACUAAAGUAAACUUUCUCAGUGGCAGACGUUGUACUUGUUUCUAAUUCUAAAAUAUUUUUUUUAUUUAUUAAUUGAGUUAGCUAUUUGCAUAAAUAUUACAUGUGCCAUUUUAUAUUAUCCAGCGCUAAUUCAUUGUACUUCUAAUACAAGUAACAGACCAGUUUACUCUAAAACAGUGUAUCAAAUUUGGAUUUUUUCGUGUUGUUUAUUUUUACAACUGUAAAUUCCUCUUGUCUUGUAAACAAUUUGUUAUAAUUUGUGAAUAUGGCUGGCAAAUUCUACUUCGUAGUAGCGUUAGUAUGUAUAGUGCCGUUAGUAUACGCAUGUAAUGAAGCCAUUUGUGCCAGUGUGGUGUCUAAAUGCAUGUUGACCCAGUCAUGUAAAUGUGACCUGAAGGAUUGUUCCUGCUGUAAGGAUUGUUUCAACUGCCUCAGCUACUUGUACAGCGAGUGUUGCAGUUGUGUUGACAUGUGUCCAAAACCAAAUGACACACAAACGGAAUUAUCCAAGACAUCUUAUGUGGAGGAGUUAGCUGAUGGUGUGCCCGGACUCUUUGCUGCCCUCACCAGUGACCCAGACCCUCAACAGAGGUGGCUCUCCAUCACAUACCCAGUGGACAUUGAUUUGUCAGCCUACAGAGCUGUUCCGGAGAAAACUGUUGUUUUUCACUUACAGAGCGUGGAACAGGAUUCGGAGCCAGUGAACCGUGACAUCGUGACUCUGAACUGCACCGUUGCGUACAUGUCUCAGUGCAUGUCUUGUGACAAGUGCCGCGCCUCCUGCAGGUCUAUGGGCGCUAACAGCUUGAGAUGGUUCCACGAUGGAUGCUGUGAGUGUGUGGGAGACAAAUGUUUAUCUUACGGGAUUAAUGAAAGCAGAUGUUUGGCGUGCCCAGGUGGCAAGGAGACCACAGUGAAUUCUCUUGACGAGGACCUUACGUAUGAUGACCUAGACUACGGCGAGGAGGUCGACGCCCAAUCUGUUUAAGGAACAGUCAUUCUUCAGUCAAUUGUUUCAAGAUCUGUGGAGAUUUUGGUGGUAAUACAAUGGCGACCUUAUUACGUCGUUAUUUUAGUUGUAAUUUGUCUGUGGAUUAUGUUAUGGUGUGUAAAAAGGUUGGUGUCAAUGUUAAUUCCUUUUUUUGUUUCAAACUGUAUACUGGCUGGUUAUAACAUUAUUAGUUGUUUGCGAUUUUGAAUUGUAUUCGAAUAAAUUUUAAUUUGCUCUAUUUGCAAGUUACAUU